GAUCGUAGCAGAGAAAAAUGGCGAAAUCCGGAGAACACAUAAUCGUCCCAUUGAUCUUCACGCUAUUCUUCCUCUCUUCUUCCUUGGUCUCGGGGUUCAACACGGGUUUGGGAGCGAAGACGGAGAUUAGCGAUGUGAAGGAGAACGAGGAGGUGCAGGAGCUCGGGAGGUUCUCUGUAGAAGAGUUCAAUAGGAGGCAAGGGAACGGUGGUAUUAUCGGAGAGUUGGUGUUCUUGGAGGUGGUGGAGGCGCAGCGGCAGGUGGUUUCGGGGAUAAAGUACUAUCUGAAAGUGAAUGCGACGCAAAAUGGGCUGGGGAGAGUGUUCGAUUCGGUGGUUGUGGUCAAGCCUUGGGCUCAUUCCAAGCAGUUGGUUAACUUUUCACCAUCCAAUACUAAAUGAGGGAAUGGGAUUUGGAUCGUUUUGGUUUUCCGGUGAAUUAAACUUAUGUUUAUUAAUUAUAACAUGCAAGUUAUGAAGAUAUAUAUAUAUAAAAUAAUGUAAUGUACGUUGAUCAAUGAAUAUGGAAUUACUGGCCAAAAGAAAAAUGAAUAUGGAAUUAGAAAUAAUAAUGUAACGUUGUGAACAAGUUAAGCACUACCUAAAUGCAUGUUGUACAAGAAAGAAUUUAUAAGUUG